UUUACAAGUGCAUUACAGUUCGUAUCAAAAUGCAAGAAUUUUUAUUUGAUUAUUAUCGUCAACAUGUCAAGGGAAGAUCUAGAAGCACUAAAGUGUCUUGUUAAUGUGUGGGUAGCAUGCGAAUUGCAAGAUUUCGGCUCACGGAUAUGCAACAAUUUCGUCUCAUGGAGUUACAAAGCUUUGAAACAACCACUUGGCAGAUCAUUGUUCAACACUCUGUCUCUCUGCGAUGCGCUUUAACGUUCUUGCUACCUGCGACAUUGCGCCGACUUGCAAAUCAGCUCCAAUUGAUGCUGCUUGUAGGAUCAAGAGUCCUGCUGCACCAGCUCCAGCAUACAGAGUCAUUUUCAGAGCCCAUCCAACAAAAGACAUUAUUUUGCCAGCUAGGAAUUCAAAUGACCCUUGUAAUGCUGAUGGUAAUUACCACUGCUCCCAACGAUGUCCCUACCUGCUUUGCACGCCUCAAGGAAAAAUUGUCACAAUGGAUUCCCCUCAAGAGACAAAGCCCGUAGCCACGACAACAAACUCUGAAGCGACUUGUUUGAGUUACGUCAACAGCCAACUGCCCUGCACGGCGUGUAGAACAGGCAAGGAUGACGGAGGGAGGUUGCAGAGUCACACAACCUUCCUCUCUCGUCUCCUUGUGAGCUGCUGCGCAAGGACGGAGCUUACAAGUCAGGACGCUGCCCUUCGCUGCAAGCACGGG